AUGAAACUCGAUGCCUACGACAUGGUUAUUAAACACCGUCAUGGUAAAGCCAAUUCUAAUACCGAUACUCUUUCCAGAUACCCUUUAAAAUCUGAGGUCGUAGUGGUCCUACAAACGAAUGGCAUUUUUAUCGGUCCUCUAGAAGAAAGUCAAGAAGUUGCUGUUAAUCUUUGGGACCAUUGUAAUAUUUUAGAUGAUAUAAAGUUGGCUCAACGCCAAGAUAAAAAUUACAGCCCUCUUAUUUCAUUUAUUCAGGAUGAUAUUCGACCUGAUGAUGAAGUUUUACAUCGAAAACUCGAAAAUCUUGCCAAAACCCAUAGAGGUAUUGAUGGGAAAUUAUACAGGGUCCGAAAAUUUGAAGAAGAUUCUCCUCUUAAAAACAAUCUUAGCCCGCAUCUUCUAGUUGUUCCUAAAUCAAAGCGUCUGGAGAUUCUUAAAUUAGCCCAUCAUCAUCCAGUUUCAGGUCAUCUCGGACGCCGAAACGGAACCCUACAUCGAAUAUCGAUUCGCUUCUUUUGGGAAGGACGUCGCGACGUUGUGCAAUAUGUAAGAUCUUGCGACCUAUGUCAGCGUUUUAAGGCUGCAAAUGAAAAGAAGGCUGGCUUAAUACAAUCCCACGUAGUUCAGUCUCCGUGGAAUGCUAUCGGAAUCGAUCUGACCGGCCCUCUGCCUAAAACUCCCCGAGGAAAUGCCUAUAUUUUAGUUGUUAUCGACUAUUUCACAAAAUGGGUAGAACUUUUUCCUUUAGGGGGUAUAAAAUCGAAAAAAAUCGCACAAAUUUUGCAUGACGAAGUCAUAUGCCGUCAUGGUGUCCCCGUAAAAAUAGUUUCUGAUAAUGGAGCGCAAUUUGUUGCAGAGAUUUUUCGAGAAACUUUAAAAAUCAUGGUCAUUCGGUAUCGAACAACUGCUCUUUAUCAUCCUCAAUCCAACCUAUCUGAGCGCGUUAAUAGAACACUAAAGCCGAUGUUGGCUAUUUUUGCUCAAAAUGAUAAGGAAUCUUGGGAUAUUCGAUUGCCACAGCUAGCCUUAGCCAUUCGAGCAGCCAUAAAUGAAUCGACAGGUCAAACGCCUGCAUUUUUAAUGUACGGUCGGGAACUUAAAUUGCCUCUUGACUUAAUGUAUGGUCCAGAAGUUGAUGUUCUUGAUGAAUUAAGAUCAUCCGAUGAAGUACGGGCCUAUACAGAACGUCUGAAAGCAAUUUUAGAGUCUGCGCAUGAAUCGGCUAAAGAAAAUCUUGAAAUAGCUCAAGAAAAUCAAAAAUCAUCCUACGAUUUACAUCGUAAAAAUAUACAAUUUGCCGUAGGCGAGAAGGUUUUGAUGGCAAAUACCGCUGGUUCCGCUUUAGGUAAAUGGGCGACGCCUAAGCUGGCCGCUAAAUUCGUCGGUCCUUACCGUAUCGCCAGAAAAAUCGGUCCUCCAGAUUAUGAGCUAAUUUCUGAAGAUGAUGGUGCUGUUUUAAGUCUGAUUCACGUUGAACGACUUAAACCAUAUCAUGAACAGAGUUCUCUAAUCUGA